AUGCAAUAAAUUGAAAUACCUGAUUUAAUAUUCAUUGAAAAUAUCGAUGAAGUACAAAAGUUCGAGGAUGCUAUUAAUUUUUGUUUAAAGAGGAAAAAUGAAAUCGACAAUGUGAAUAUUAAUUUAAACUAAAAAAUAAAGAAUUACGUAGAUGGCGAAGUAACUAUGCAAAUUAUAUGCAGGAUCCAUAUUACAGAGAAAUUCAAGUUAAAAGUGAAGAGUUACAUUCAUAGGCACUUAACUGCACAAAAAUAUUUGAAGUAAGAUGAUAUUGAUUAACCAUUAUUUUAGUAAUUCAAACUGCCAACUCAUUUAGAUUAAGAAUUAUCAGCAUACUAAAAGGAGUAUAAAUAAUUGGAAUAAUAAAUUAAAUAGUAGGAGGAUAAAAAGAAAUGGGGUGCCUCUGAAAAAUAGAAAUCAAAAGCAAAGUUACUUAAAUUAAUAGAAGAGAUACAAUUAUCAAUUUUAAGUAUCAAUUGAAUAACAUAAAUUACAAAGAUAAACUAGAGUUGCCAGAGCCUGAAAAUAAGAGUUGUAUCAUUUUCAAUUGGAUUGCUGGAUGUUUGAUAAAGGCAAAGAAAGGUCCUGUAUAAUUGGCUGAAGAACUUAAAUUGAAGGUGGAGAAAGUAUAACUUUAACCUGAUUCUAUAAUCAAUUAACCUGCUCCUUCUUAAAGUGGAGGCAUAUUUGCUUGUGGUGGAAGGAAACCANAGUCUUAAGUUAAUUGA